UUCAGAACCAGAAGUCAAGUUGUUACAAAGGGGAAGAAAUUACCAUUCAUUAACACAAAGCAUCUUUCCACCUAUAAACCUGAUGCCUCUCCACCUUCCCCAAGAAACCACCCAGGUGUUAGGUCCUCUUUUGUGGCUUGUAAGAUUUGGUAUGAGCAAUUAUUCUGUGUGGCAUUCAAGCACACCCCCCUACCAUCUUACCCUUUCAUCCUGACUUGUAACCAAGUGGUGAUGAGAGAUGACUGCUUAAGUCUUGGUUAUCUCCAAGGUUAUAACAAACUGUCAUCUGUCCUAACACUUUAUGAUUAGUGUGCAGUACUGUUAUUUUUCUCAUGGGAUCUGCCCACUUUGAAAAACAUCCACACUCCAAUGGGGAGAGGAAAAAACUCAAGAUCGAGGGGAAUUUUCUAGCCCAAGAUUAGAAUUGGUCCAGGCUUUCUUGCUGCUGUGAAGGUGGACAGCUAGACUAGCUCCUCCUCCCUUGGUCCUGAGCUGCUCCACCUGGCUCAAGUCACCCCCAACCAAAGAUCAGGGGGUGUGUAUCUGCAGCAACAGGGAAACCAGGGGCAUUCUCCAUGAGAAGCAAGGUGAAGAACUGCUCCAAUGGAUUGGAAUUGUUCAAAAAUGGCUUUAACCACAGAUUCAGGCUGCAAGCGUCUCAGAUGGGCGGGAGUGGCUUAUUGCUCAGCUUGGGGGCGCCACCUCGUACUUGCUUUUCUGUUCCCAAAGAGGCUGGGUCACAAGUAACAUGGUGAACCUUCUUGGGCCCUCAGGUGGAAUGGCUUAGCCAGGUGAAAGAGGGCCCGGAGUAUCCGAGUAAGAAGAGGUUUUGACAAUUUAACAGCCAGUGUCACAUGAGGCCGCCUUCUCUUACGGUCUCAGGUUACAAAUCCUUCAACAACUCGGCGCAGAAGGGUGGAACUGCAUCCGGGCCCUCUCGGUUAAAAAAAAAAAUUUUCAGGAGGCUGGAUAAAAUUCUCUACACAGUUUUGGAACAGUAUCCAGCUCGGCAUUCUACUGUAUAUAUGUAAAACACGCACAAAACGCACCGUUUAAUCCUUGCGAAGAAAGGACUCGUCGCCAUUUUUACAGGGAAAGAAAACGGCCCGAAAAGCAAUAACGUAUUCAAGGAUUAGAACCCAAGCCUCCUGCCUUCUCAGCCCUCCGCCCUUUCUAAAUCCCACCCAGGUCUCCGCGGCUCUACCCUCGGCUGGGUGAGCGCGUUCCCCUCCAGGGCGGGGCAGAGAAACCACCCACCUGAGGCUUCCAGGAACUUUGAAGGAUCCCAGGUGCGGCGCGGGGGGAGGGGAAGGAGCCGGAGCGCACCCGUGAUUGGUUCGCAGGGCCCCGGGGGCGCUUAAAGGAAGCUGUGGCCCGACCCUCGAGAGCGAGAGGACCCCGCGCCACCGUCGCCUCCCGACGUCCAGACGCCGUGAGCUCGCGUGGGCACCGUCGGAGGAGCGGCGGCUCCGGCCUCCCGGCCGCGCAGCCCAUCAUGAACGCCAGAGGCUCGGGCUACCCGCUCGCCUCGCUCUACGUGGGCGACUUGCAUGCCGACGUGACCGAGGCCAUGCUCUACGAGAAGUUCUCGCCUGCCGGUCCCAUCCUGUCCAUUCGCGUGUGCCGCGACGUGGCCACCCGCCGCUCGCUGGGCUACGCCUACAUCAACUUCCAGCAGCCGGCCGACGCGGAGCGGGCACUGGACACAAUGAAUUUCGAGGUGAUCAAAGGCCGGCCCAUCCGUAUCAUGUGGUCCCAGCGAGACCCAGGACUUCGCAGGUCAGGUGUGGGCAACAUCUUCAUCAAGAACCUGGAGGAUUCCAUUGACAACAAGGCCUUAUAUGAUACCUUCUCCACCUUUGGAAACAUCCUCUCUUGCAAGGUGGUGUGUGAUGAGCAUGGCUCCCGGGGCUUCGGCUUUGUCCAUUUUGAGACCCACGAGGCUGCACAGCGUGCCAUCAGCACCAUGAACGGGAUGCUGCUGAACGACCGCAAAGUCUUUGUUGGCCACUUCAAGUCCCGACGGGAGCGGGAGGCAGAGCUGGGGGCUCGGGCCUUGGAGUUCACCAACAUCUACGUGAAGAAUCUCCAAGUGGAUGUGGACGAGCAGGGCCUGCAGGACCUCUUCUCCCAGUUUGGGAAGAUGCUGAGUGUGAAGGUGAUGAGAGACGACAGUGGUCACUCCCGAGGCUUUGGCUUUGUCAACUUUGAGAAGCAUGAGGAAGCCCAGAAGGCCGUGAUGGACAUGAACGGGAAGGAGGUGAGUGGGCGGCUGCUCUACGUGGGCCGGGCCCAGAAGCGGGUGGAGCGGCAGAGUGAACUGAAGCACAGGUUUGAGCAGAUGAAGCAGGACCGGCUGAAUCGUUACCAGGGCGUGAACCUAUAUGUGAAGAACUUGGAUGACUCUAUCGACGAUGAGAAACUGAGGAAAGAGUUCUCUCCUUACGGAGUGAUUACCAGUGCGAAGGUGAUGACAGAGGGUGGCCACAGCAGGGGGUUUGGCUUUGUGUGUUUUUCCUCUCCAGAAGAGGCGACCAAGGCCGUGACAGAGAUGAAUGGGCGCAUUGUCGGCACCAAGCCACUGUACGUGGCACUGGCCCAGCGCAAAGAGGAGCGGAAGGCUAUCUUGACCAACCAGUACAUGCAGCGCCUCUCCACCGUGCGGGCCCUCGGUGGCCCCCUCUUGAGCUCCUUCCAGCAGCCCACCAGCUACUUCCUGCCCACCGUGCCCCAGCCUCCAGCCCGGGCUGCAUACUAUGGCGCUGGCCCUGUGACACCCGUCCAGCCUGCCCCCAGGUGGACAGCCCAGCCACCUAGACCUCGAUCCACCUACCCUCCGCCUGCUUCAAUGGUCCGGCCCCCAGGCACACCUCGGCGCCCCUUGGCCCACAGCAGCAGUGUCAGGCAGGCCUCCACCCAGGUGCCACACCCCAUGCCCCAUAAUCAAAGAGUAGCCAACAUUGGUACCCAGACCACAGGACCCAGUGGGGCAGGAUGCUCUGCACCAAGCCGUCCCCUCCUGCCAUACAAAUAUCCUUCGGCAGUUCACAACACCCAUCAGGUCCUGGAGCCUGCCGUGCACAUCCUUGGACAAGAGCCCCUGACCGCAUCCAUGCUGGCUGCAGCACCACCGCACGAGCAGAAGCAGAUGAUUGGUGAGCGUCUCUAUCCCCUCAUCUCUGGUGUCCAUGCCCAGCUGGCUGGCAAGAUCACGGGCAUGCUGCUUGAGAUCGACAAUUCGGAGCUGCUGCUCAUGCUGGAGUCUCCAGAGUCCCUCCAGGCCAAGAUAGAAGAGGCGGUGGCAGUGCUGCAGGCACACCAGGCCAUGGAGCAGCCGCGGGCAUACCUGCCCUGAAACCAGAAAUGGGAAUCUUCCCUCCCACGGCUGCCAAGAGAACAGCAUCUCCUGCUCUUGGCCAAACGGCCUUGUUACCCCUAACUUACUGGUCUGUAUCUGUACUUGAGCACUGUCUGUGGACUGAAGUCUGGCCACCCUGCCAACCUAUUAUUGCCUUUUGCUUUGUGCAUUAAAAAUGUUGCAAAAUCUGUCUUGCCUCCCAGGAGGCUUUCUUGUGUCUGAGGAAGGUGGAGCCACAGCCAAGGGGAGGUCUGAUUGGACUGGGGUUUUGGCUGUAAGAAGAGUAAACCAAACAAGCACACACAUAAAGAGGGUGUGUACACUAGAGCAGUAACUAACAGGAACUGAGCAGGGCUAUUUGUAGUAGCCCCAGACUAUUAAAAACAUCAACAGUGAAAUGGAUGACUAAAUUGCCAUCUUAACACAAUGGACUACAUCCAGUACAGCACUGAGAAAAUGAACUGAAGUUGCAGAUAUUCUAUCUAACAUGCAUCAGGGUUCUGCAGCUCUGACUUCAGCACCCUGCAGUACAGUAAAUGCCCAAGAAGCAAGCAAUUGCUUUUUGAUUACUGGCUGAAAAACCUUUGUAGAAAGAAACCCUUUUCCCAGGUCAUGCUUGUCCUCCCUUGGGGGAAUAGGGUUCUUAGGGACAGGCAGCACUCACUUUACAUCAGGGAUAUGUAUCCCAACCUUCUGCCCUCCCCUGUACCUGAGCAAGCAAAUAAUGAAGAAAAACACCACCCAGUGUUUUUUUGUGAAAAAUUCACUGACAAAUCUAAGCCCUCAAGGUUACUCUGUCAUCCUACCUCUACUGUUCACUCUUCCUGUACUCCAAAAAUAUUUCAAAUUUUCCCACUUAAUCUCCAACCUGUUGUCACCUAACAUUCCAGAACCUCACCUCCUGGCUACUUUUAAUUUGUCCCCUGUGCUGCUUGAUCAUCUCCCCAAAUGCUGAGUGCUGGUGUUUUCUUGAGGCUGAAUUCUGGGUCCUCUCCUUUUCACAGUCCAUGUUCUCUCCCUAGACUAAUUUACAACCCCAUCUUCAUCCACACCUGUUCUCAGAGACUGCACACUCUACUAUUCUCCAGCCCAGUCCACUCUUCUGCAUGCCAGGCCCACAUAUCUCCCUGCCUCCUCACCAUCACCUCGUGGCUAUCAACAACAAUUCAGAUUCUCUCCAGCCAAGCUCAUGAUUUAACCCCACCCCCAUGCACACCUGAUUCUCAGGUCCUCUCUUCCAGUGUUCCCUGUCUCAGUAAAUGGUCUCACCAUCCAUACUGUUGCAAAAGCCAAAACCCAAGCUCCUGACGUUCACUUUCUCUCACAUGAAACUGAUGACAGUUUUCCUCUCUCGUCUUCCUAUUUCUCUCAGUUCACUACACCUAGUCUGAGUUCCGCAGGACUCUGGCAAUCAUCUCUCACUGGUUUACCUGCAGCUGCAGUCAGAAUGGUUUUUGCAAAAAGCAAGUAUGUCUCACCCUUGCACAAAUCCUUCAGUAGCUUCCCAUUAUCGGUUACAAUGAGGACAAAACUCACAUGGCCUGAGACCCUGCAGGAUGUGCCACCCCCCACCCCCACCCCUACUCCUGGGAGUCCCCAGGAAAUUCUGUUGUUACCCUGUAAGACUUGUUACCUCUUCUGGCGGGGGGUGGAGUGGGGAUGGGGGUGGAAUGAGAUUCAAUCAUGACCUUUAAGGCAA